AUGAAAUUUGUAAGGCCAAGGCAAUAUGGUAUCUGUAUUUUUGGACCUGCUGUGCUCUCCGUUCCCACUGUAGAUCCUGGGAUACCCGCUCCUGAUCUCCGUUGGAUGUGGCGUCCUCGGAUAUGCCAGAAUCUGUCGGAGGCUCGCGAAGUGGUUGACGGUGAUGAGCGCAUUUCAGUGGGGAAAAAUCGGAAACGUCUGGUUAUCAGAUCUGCUCAACUACAGCACGAAGGAGUGUAUACCUGUUUGGCAUCCAAUGGACUGGGAGAAUCACUAAGUCCCUUCGUCGACAUUGUUAUCUUGGGUAAUUUGCACGUAUGCCAUUUUGGACACAUUUUACGUCCAGUGAAAAUUACCGAAAGGCCGAAAAUUCUGAAAACGUAUGACCUGUCCAGUCGGCCCUCGUCACCAAUCAAGCUACGCUGUGUGGCCCGUGGAAGGCCUCAGGUCCGCAUUCGUUGGUUACAAAACGGACGUCCGGUUGUUUCUGAAAACACACUUCCAAGACACAAUAAUGCAGGUCAGCUACAAGUCUUCCAAGUGCGACUGAAACAUGAGGCGGCCUGGUGCAGCACAUUCAGUUGCCUGAGAACAUCACAAACUAAAGAGUCAGCUGAGUUCCAGGAAGGCCCCAAUCACAUUGUCCUUUGGCAGACGCGCUGUGUUUACUUCGAAGAUCGUGAGUUCUACUGGGAGACACAUAGUGAACUAACAUUCCUCCAGCCGGUGUUACGAGAACAUGAAGGGAUUUACGCAUGCCAAGCGAGUUCGUCCAACGACACUUUUGUCAACGAAACUACAGAGCUCCAGUUAUUAUAUCCCCCACAGCUGAUCUAUUCACAACCGCUCAAAUUUUCCAUCAGACGGAAGCAUGACUAUUCGUUGCCAUCCGCAGAGUAUGUGACUGACUUGUUAAACGAUCAUGCAAUCAACAGCCAAGGUCAAUCAUUUCAAGGCGUUCGCGAAAGUGCUCUGCCAGACAUCAAACAAAACCUCUCGUGCUAUCUCCGAUCCAACCCGUUACCGUGGCGUGUUUUCUGGGAACGAGUGACUGACAGCACAAAUUCCUUGUGUUCCAAUAAACGGCCGCCCGUAACUGAACAGCACAAAUUCCUUGUGUUCCAAUAA